AGAGCCUCGGCUUACAGCUCGGCUGUGCUGAUCGCUAUCGGUGUCACGAGCUUUAGGGGAAGUGACGGGUCAGAUGCUGUCUCUGUGGUCUGCCAGUCUCUCAAGAAGGAAAGGAAGCGUCCGGAACGGUGAGCUGAACCGGGACAAUUGCCUCUAAGUGACAUGGAAGAGAGUGACAACCCUUACACCCCUCUCCUCCAAGCGAUUCAGAGCCCCUUCCUGUCAAAGCCGCUGUCAGUGGCCGUGAAGUCUGUACUGGCUGGGAUUAAUAUUGCAAAUAUCGUUUUGGGUUCCGUCUAUAUAAAUGGCUGCCCAGGCCAGCGUCUGAUUCCCUAUUACCUCAUUGUUUUGGGAGUGGGGUCCCUGCUGCUCCUCUCGCUCACCUGCCUCCCCUGUGGGGAUGGGAGAGACCCCCCGCGAACCACUCUGGGGCUUCUCUGCGCACAGGGAGCUCUCGCCCUAUUCCUCUUCGCCUUCUUCAUCGCAGGUAACGUGUGGAUCUAUUCUCUGUACUCAGAGCCCUGGGACUCGGCAGGAGACCCCAAAUGGUGUAACCGCAUCCUCUAUCUCUACGCCUUCUGGAUCACCACGUUCUUCCACAUGUGCUUCCUCCUCAUCAUCAUCGCCUUCCUGUGCCUCUUCAUCUGUCUCUGUGUCCUGAAGUCUUCUCUUAGCUCGAGGUCUCAAACAGACUAGGUGUCUCUCUACCCAACAAGGUGUCUCCCUUUCCCUGGUGGUGCAAACAUCCUCCAAGGAGCCUGGAGAGGCCUUCUCCUCACGGUCACCACAUUGGCCAUCUUUCCCACGGCAUUUCACUCGCUUCUUCUGUGAACCGCGUCUCACAGCUAGAACAUAGAUCGGCGUAUUCACUAAACCAU